GUGUAUUUGUAUGGCGGUCAAGUUACAUCAUGGAAAAAUGAAUAUGGGGAAGAGUUGCUUUUUGUUAGUAGCAAGGCUACUUUUAAGUCUCCUAAGGCUAUCCGUGGAGGAAUUCCAAUCUGCUUUCCGCAAUUUGGAAGUCAUGGUUCUCUUGAACAACAUGGAUUUGCAAGGAAUAGGUUUUGGAGUAUUGAUCAUGAUCCCCCUCCGUUUCCAACAAAUAGCGGCAACAAGGCUUUUAUUGAUUUAAUCCUUAAACCCUCUGAAGAGGAUUCAAAGAUCUGGUCGCACAGAUAUGAAUUUCGCCUUAGGGUUACUCUAGGACCAGGAGGAGAUUUGAUGUUGACUUCCCGCAUCCGAAAUACAAACACUGAUGGAAAGUCGUUUACGUUCACAUUCGCUUAUCACACCUAUCUUUUCGUAACUGAUAUCAGUGAAGUGCGAGUGGAAGGACUAGAGACACUGGAUUAUCUGGACAACUUGAAGGGUAGAGAGCGAUUUACUGAGCAAGGGGAUGCAAUAACAUUCGAGUCAGAAGUGGACAAAAUUUAUCUGAGUACGCCUACAAAAAUUGCUAUUCUGGACCAUGAGAGGAAGAGAACAUUUGUGUUACGGAAGGACGGACUUCCAGAUGCUGUGGUCUGGAAUCCAUGGGAUAAGAAAGCAAAGGCAAUUUCUGAUUUUGGGGAUGAUGAGUACAAGCAUAUGCUCUGUGUUGAGGCUGCUUGUGUGGAGAAGCCUAUUACUUUGAAACCUGGUGAAGAAUGGAAGGGAAGGCAGGAACUGUCUGCUGUCCCUUCCAGUUACUGCAGCGGACAGCUUGACCCAUGUAAGGUACUGCAAGGUGGUUAAGUGAUCAGCCAUUUUGAUGCGUCUCUUGUACAGGCACACUAUGCAUUCUAGAUUUGGCAGGCUUUUUGUUGGAUGACAGAUUCAGUAAGCAGAAUUGUCUAUAAUGAUUUCAUUGGACAUUUGAUUAACAAAAGACGACAGAAGAAGGCGGUUAAAGAAAAGUUAGUUAAUAUUUUUUGUACAUCUAUAGGGACUUAAUACGAAAGAAAUGAAGAGAAGAAAACCGAAGGCCUUAUGGCACCCCCUUCGUUUUCUGGCCCCUUUUAAUCUUCCCUCUCUUAAACUGUUCUUUUAUACAAUUGUAUUCUUUCCUGUUAAUGAGUAUUCUUUGCCCUCGUCUAAGGAUGACUCUUGUAAUUCUCCGGCUUAUCUUUGGAACGUAAUGUUACCAAGCACCCGAUGGAUGGGGUCGUUUCCAAGAUUUUAACACCAAAA